AUGGGCCUGCAGCAGCAGCAGCAACAGCAGCAACACCAGAAAAGCUGCAGCAACAAAGCUUGCUGCGACGAUGGCUGCACACAGCGCAGCUCAUUGUUGCAGCAGCAGCGACAGCAGCAGCAGCUUGAACAGCUGCAGCGUUCAUUCCAGCAGCAGCAGCAGCGGCGGCAACAUUACACGCAGGGCAGCAGCAAUGACCGCAGCAGCAAUGCAGCCACAUCCCCUCAGCACCUGCAGCAGCAGCACCUGGAACAACAGCAGCAGCAACAGCAGCAGCAACAGCGGCAGCAACAGGAACACACCGCCUGCAGGUCCUGA